UGGGCCACUGCAGGAAGCGGAUUCCGAAGUCAUGUCUACAAGGUCCCGAAGCAUUCUCCUCUUUGCCCUGGCUCUGCUGGUCUCCAUUGGCGCCCAGCCAGUGAGCCACACGGAAAUGGAAUCGACAUCCACCAGGCGACCCAGCCUCGUCGCCGGCGAGGUGGAACCCAUGAGGUAUCACUUCGUCACCGAGCACCGACCCACUUCGCUGGGCCAGAACUACUACCUGAAGCCGGGACAGCUGGUGGGAUCCGUGAGCCUGGACUCGGACAUCCUCCAGGUGCGACACGACCAGCUUGACGGCAAACCGGUGGCCAGCAAGCACAACAUCCUCUUUGUGGCCUACACCCAGGACCCCGUCGAUAAGCCGGGCUCCGAAAUAGAAAAUAGAAAAUAGUUAUUAAGUCAUGAUAUAAAAUAAAACCUCCAACAAUUAUACUGAUGGUACAGUAAUAAAAACUUUUAAAGGGGCUUUUGAAAAUUGAAAUAAAUGUAUUGUAACCACAGUUUUUAAAGGAACCAGCCCUAUAUCAAGAACCUUGAUGGAUUCAUAUAGCUUAACUUUAUUUAAUUUCCAUUUACAGACCCACAAGAAAUAAGUUUUUAUGGGCUUAUGUUACUUAUAUAUAUAAUCACAUUUUGCUAUUGCAAUAUUCCUAGAUGAUAUAUAUGAUAUAUUGUACUAUACAAAAGAACUUCAUAAUUUAUUUCCUUGACCUUAGCACUCACUAUUCAAAAAAGUAGCACUCCAAAUACAUGUACUUUAUCACAUA